AAACCAGGUAAGAACGUGGCUGCUAUCAUCCAGGACAUCCACUCGCAGAGGGAGAGGGACCUGCUGCGUGAAGUGGACAGCAGGUAUGGCACAGAGAGGCCCCGCUCCCGAAGCCCCAUAAGCCGCUCCCUGUCGCCCCGAUCCCACACUCCCAGCUUUACUUCCUGCAGUUCACCCCACAGCCCGAUGGGGACCGGCAGGACCGACUGGGGAAAUGGGAGAGAGUCGUGGGAUCAGUCCCCGUAUUCUCGACGGGAAGAGGAAAGAGACAGCAGAGAAUGGCGAGAGAAUGGAGAUGAGAAGAGGGACAGGACUGACAUGUGGGUACAUGAGAGGAAACAUUAUUCCCGACAGCUGGACAAGUUUGAUUUGGAUGAACGGAUUGAAGGAGGCAGAGGGCACAGAGAAAAAUAUUUAAGGAGUGGUUCCCCUGGCUCCCUUCACCCUUUAUCUGGCUACAAGAGCAGGGAAGAUGACUAUUACCGAAAAACCUCUAAGUCGAAAUCUGACAAGUUUCAGAGGCAGUUGCAGGAUUUACCUGGGAGAUCUAAGAGAAAGGAAGAGGCAAAGUUAAGGGAACGCCGGCAUUCUUACAGCGAGGACACUGCCAGGGAGGAGGCAGCUGAACAGAAGCACAGCAAAGCAUCUGAGGGCUCCAGGCAAAAACAGAGUGAUAAGAACAAGGUGAAGAAAGCUGAAAAAGACCAAGAGGAAGAUGCUGCUGCUGAAGGCAGUGAUGGGAAGGAAACCAAAACCCCUGAGAAUGAGCUUGGGAAAGAGGAGCAAGUUCCAGAGAAAAGCUCACCUUCAGCUAAUAAACAAGAACCUGGAGAGAUUCCGGAAAACGCAAGAAAAGAGAAGGACCGUGACUGGGAGAGUGGAAGUGAGAUAGAAGGCGAGACCUGGUAUCCUGCUAACAUGGAGGAAUUAGUGACGGUAGAUGAAGUGGGAGAAGAUGAUUUAAUUAUGGAGCCUGAUAUUACUGAGCUUGAAGAAAUAGUACCAGUUGAUCAAAAAAAUAAAGCUGCUGCAGAAAUGUGUCCGUGCAUGUCAACCAUGCUGGAACUGAAAAAUGAUCACAGCCACUUAACCAGGAGUGAAGACAAAUUUGCCCACAAAGCUUUGGAAACAAACUUCAGAUCAGCAAAGGGCAGCGUAGCUUCUAGCGGUUGUCAGGAUGAGGAGGAGGAGGAGGAUAAUGAUGAUGCUGUAACUGAAGCAUCAAGCCUAAAUCUGGACCCUGAGCGGAAGCCAGAGGAAUUGCAAGAAGACCAAUCUGCUAAGGAGUCUGAUCCCCAGCAGAAGGAAGAAAAAAUUGAUAAGAGCUCUGACACUCGUUUAGAGCCCGAAGAUCACCAUAUACCUUCUGCUCAUCUGAAAGAAGAGACUCUCCAGCUCCCUGAUACAUUUAUAGAUGAUUACAAACAGAUGGGAUCACAAGGAGCUGAGAGCAGAGGAGCUAUGGAAAUGCUUGUUAAAAACGCGAGUGAAGAAACAAGACACGGAAGCCAAGAGUGUCCAGAGGCCAAGGCAAAUUCUAGGUACCUGGAAAUGAGGUCUCUGGAAUACCCGGAGGUAGAAUCUAAAAGACGGCACUCUCCGCCAGCCUGGGAACAAGAGGAUGUCUUCACCGAGCUCAGCAUUCCCCUGGGCGUGGAAUUUGUGGUGCCGAGAACUGGGUUUUACUGCAAGCUCUGUGGACUCUUCUACACAAAUGAAGAGACGGCAAAGACAAGUCACUGCAGAAGUACCGUUCACUACAGAAAUCUUCAGAAGUACCUGUCGCAGCUUGCAGAGGAGAGUCUGAAAAUGAGGGAAGAAGGCAGCCCUCUGCCUCAGGAUGACACUGGCAUUGUUCCUCACUUUGCAAAGAAGAAACUAUGA